AUGGCAAAAGCAAUAGCUCCUGCACCCGCUCCCAGUCCGGCUUUAAUCCAGUUUGGCCUGGUGUCCGCCGCAGCACCAGUAGAACCAGCACUUGCCGUCGCACUAGCUGCGCCUGACCCAGCAGCAGUGGAAGCCAUAUUCGUCGACGCAGUUGCCGAGCUCGAGACGGCGCUGGCACUGCUAACUCCUGAGCUGAUCACCGCACUCGCACUUGACGUUGCGCUGCUCAAUGCACUGCUGAUACUACUCUGUAUGCUGGCGACCGAACUCGUUGCAUCCGUCUGUGUCGCUUCUGUCAACAAUGACAGUUCCGAGCUGGCGGAGCUUGCUGCUUGCACGGCUGAAGAAGUGAUGCUCGCGGCUGCGGAGUUGGCCGAAGAGAUGAUGGAGCUGGCGACUGUCUGGAUCGAGAGGACAGAAGAGGCGCCGCUGUUGGCGGUGCCGACACCAGUGACAAUGGAGCUGAUUUCUUGA